AUGGGAACGAGAGGAUAUACUUUCGAACUGAUCGUUUUGGGUAGUGGAGGAGGUCCUCUUGAGACUGAUUGUUCUGGAUAUCUAUUGAAACCGAUCAACAGACGAUGGGAAGAUGGUUUUUUAGCUCUUGAAGGAGGUUCCGGAUUAGGAGCUUUGGUUUCUCUUUUUCGAGAGAAGGACUCAAGUGAUAUGUUCCCGGAUCUCGUAUUCCCUUCAACACACAAUACUCCGGUUUUGAAAGCUGCUUAUGUAUUUUCUUUCCUCGAAUGUUACCUCAUCACCCACGCUCAUUUAGAUCAUAACCUCUCUCUUAUCCUUCUUUCCGGUUCUUCGAUCCCUCAUGAUAACUCUCAAUCUAUCACUCCAACCAAUCCUCCACCACGAAUAAUAGAAGUUGAACCUCCCCCUCCCGUAAGACCUCCAGUUUACGCCAUAAAACAUACUCUUGAUAAACUCGCCAUGGCGUACGGAGGUGAUCUCUGGCCUCAGUUAGGUUCAUGGGCUCAAGAAGAACUCCCUGAGAACCGUAAGAAAAGACGGAAAACUUCUUUAGCUCACACUGGUCCAAAUGACGGUAGCGGUCUGAUCUAUAGUCUGAUCUUGGCUCAAACUCAUCGUCCUUUACAUCCGACAUUACCAAUCACAACCUUGGCUUUUCCGGUGAAUCACGGUUGUACUUCUAAAGGAACGUAUGAAUCUUCAGCUUUUUUCAUACGAUACGAUCCUGAGACGAAGUCAUCGAUUCCGCUUGCGGGACACAGCGAUGUCAAACACGUUGAUACAACUGUGAGGAAUUCCGGAGAGGGUAGGGAAUUCUUAUUCUUUGGGGAUGUGGAAAGUGGUUGGAGAUCUGAUGGAGAGCUGAAUAUUGAUCAAGCCCGAGGAGAGGAGAGUGAGCGUUUGAACAGAGCUAUAUGGGAUGAAGCAGCCACUAGUUGGAUCGAAGGAAGAUUAGCAGGGGUUUUUAUAGAAUGCUCAUACGACUCAUCCCGUCCACAAUCACUCAUGUUCGGUCACCUAUCUCCCCCUGGUUUGUAUCACGAAUUAACCACUUUGGCCACUUUGAUAAUCAAACCACUUAAAGGUUUGAGGAUAUUCGUAACGCAUAUGAAAGAGAAUCUUCUUCCUCAUCCUAGUGGAAGACCCUUGCAGGAGAUUAUAAUGUCCGAGUUGGUGGACCUGGAGGAUAAGGGAAAGUUGGGUGUGGAGUUUAUUCAUGUUAAGAGGGGUGAUAGGAUAUGUGAGUUUGUCAACAAUCUUACACUCCCUUUCUUGUCUCCCAUCAUUCCAUACUUCUUCCGGCUGCCACUGCCCCUUUGCAAAUCAAGUCGGCAAAAUUCCUUCUUUCCGAUAGAAAAACAACCACUGUCAUUGGUCGUUUCCACUAUGUGA